GGGAUUUGAGUUCUGUUAUCUUCUUAGUAGAUUCCUAUUGUAAGAGUCUCAGAGGGGGUGGGGGGGCUGGCAAAAUCCUGGAGCCAGAAGAGAGGACAGCAGCAUUGAUCAACCUUACAGCUAACAUGUUGUACCUGGAAAACAAUGCCCAGACUCAAUUUAGUGAGCCACAGUACACCAACCUGGGGCUCUUGAACAGCAUGGACCAGCAGAUACAGAAUGGCUCCUCGUCCACCAGCCCUUACAACACAGACCAUGCACAGAACAGCGUCACGGCGCCCUCGCCCUACGCUCAGCCCAGCUCCACCUUCGACGCCCUGUCGCCGUCGCCUGCUAUCCCCUCCAACACUGACUACCCAGGCCCACACAGCUUCGACGUGUCCUUUCAGCAGUCGAGCACCGCCAAGUCGGCCACCUGGACGUAUUCCACAGAACUGAAGAAACUGUACUGCCAGAUUGCAAAGACGUGCCCCAUCCAGAUCAAGGUGAUGACUUCGCCUCCUCAGGGUGCUGUUAUCCGUGCCAUGCCUGUCUACAAGAAAGCGGAGCAUGUCACUGAGGUGGUGAAACGAUGCCCAAACCAUGAGCUGAGCCGGGAAUUCAAUGAGGGACAGAUUGCCCCUCCUAGUCAUUUGAUUCGAGUAGAAGGGAACAGCCAUGCCCAAUAUGUGGAAGACCCCAUCACAGGACGACAGAGCGUGCUGGUACCUUAUGAGCCACCCCAGGUUGGCACUGAAUUCACGACAGUCUUGUACAAUUUCAUGUGUAACAGCAGUUGUGUUGGAGGGAUGAACCGCCGCCCAAUUUUAAUCAUCGUUACUCUGGAAACCAGAGAUGGGCAAGUCCUGGGCCGACGGUGUUUCGAGGCCCGGAUCUGUGCUUGCCCAGGAAGAGACAGGAAGGCAGAUGAAGACAGCAUCAGAAAGCAGCAGGUUUCGGACAGCUCAAAGAACGGCGAUGGUACGAAGCGCCCUUUUCGUCAGAACACACAUGGCAUCCAGAUGACAUCCAUCAAGAAACGAAGAUCCCCAGAUGAUGAGCUGUUAUACUUACCAGUGAGAGGCCGUGAGACUUACGAGAUGCUGUUGAAGAUCAAAGAGUCCCUGGAACUCAUGCAGUACCUUCCGCAGCACACCAUUGAAACCUACAGGCAGCAGCAGCAGCAGCAGCACCAGCACUUACUUCAGAAACAGACCUCGAUGCAGUCUCAGUCUUCCUACGGAAACAGCUCCCCGCCUCUGAACAAAAUGACCAGCAUGAACAAGCUGCCUUCCGUGAGCCAGCUCAUCAACCCUCAGCAGCGCAACGCCCUCACUCCCACCACCAUUCCGGAUGGCAUGGGAGCCAACAUUCCUAUGAUGGGCACACACAUGCCAAUGGCUGGAGAUGUGAACGGACUCAGCCCCACCCAGGCCCUUCCCCCCUCACUUUCCCUGCCACCCACCUCCCACUGCACCCCUCCACCUCCGUACCCCACAGAUUGCAGCAUUGUCAGUUUCUUAGCAAGGUUGGGCUGUUCAUCAUGUCUGGACUAUUUCACGACCCAAGGGCUGACCACCAUCUAUCAGAUUGAGCAUUACUCCAUGGAUGAUUUGGCAAGUCUAAAAAUCCCUGAGCAAUUUCGACAUGCCAUCUGGAAGGGCAUCCUGGACCACCGGCAGCUCCAUGAAUUCUCCUCACCUCCUCAUCUUCUGCGAACCCCAAGUGGUGCCUCUACAGUCAGCGUGGGCUCCAGCGAGACCCGGGGGGAGCGUGUUAUUGAUGCUGUGCGGUUCACACUCCGCCAGACCAUCUCCUUCCCACCCCGUGAUGAGUGGAACGACUUCAACUUUGACAUGGAUGCUCGUCGCAACAAACAGCAGCGCAUCAAAGAGGAAGGGGAGUGAGCCUCACCAUGCAGGCUCUGCCUCCCCUCUGCCCACCUCCUGCCUGCCUACCCUGCUGCAAAGCUUUCUGGCUUGAGCUCCAAAGCAGUCUCCCUAGUUGCUCCCCUUCCUUUUCUCAGUCUGACUUCUUAAGGAAGGAGAAGUAAGAGGCAGCCUCUUACCUAACAUUUGACCCAGCAUCUGAUUCUGAUUCUGGCUUUAAGCCUUCAACACUAUUGCUUGCCAGUCUGAAGUUUUCAUGGCUAGGGAGAAGAUAGCAAAAAAUAUAUAUAUAAGUAAAAAAGCAGUGGGUGUCUCCUUAAGCUGCAGAGAUUUCUCAUA